GGUGGUCGCCCCUUUCCCUCCCUCCCGGCUCCUCUUCUCUCGCAUCCUCCGGAGCAUCGGCUGCCCCUGCCAUCGGGUACCGUUCUCCUCAGCCUUCCAACUUCCCGAGGUUUAUGAUGGAACUUACAUCUUUGCCUAAAUUCCUUUGGACAAGUGACAACAAACUUUUGCAUCACCAUUUUCCCGACACGUUGGCUACUGUUCAUACCACCCAAGACAUUCCCAAAGAAGUGGUUUUUGGACCAUGCAUGCUGCAGAACACCCUGCUGGACACUGUGGCUUUUAUUGCUCUCAAGUGUUCUGACAGACGGAACAUCCACUACGUAUUUAAGGUGGACGUUACAUCAGUGCACAGCCCCACGGGCCUGCCGUGGAUGAGGCUGGUACAAGCAGCUGCCAACAGCAAGGAGCAGAACUUGGAAGCUUACUUAGAAAACAGUCAGUUGUACUAUCGCUCCACGAGGAGAAUCAGCAAAAAUGAGGAGCUGCUCGUCUGGUACGAUGAGGAGCUUUCCAGCCUCUUGGGUUUCGAUGAGAUCAAAGCUCAGAGUCUCCAGAAUGAGCUGAGGUGCCAAGAAUGUAACCGAGUCUUUAAAUGUGAGCAUUCCUAUCUCUCCCACGUCCGCUUCCUGUGUGUCCCAGAGAAGAGCUCCCUGCUGGGCAGGAACAGCCAGGACCCCAAAACUGAGAAGAGCAACUUAUCUGAGCAGAGCACGAAUUUCCACAGCCUGGCAAGGGAUCUAGAGGUCAAAAUGGCAGCUCGUAAAGACGAUGCCCACGGUCUCCCAGGAGAAAAGAGAGCAAAAGCCGAAGAGGCUGAGAACAACAGAAGCAGGAAAACGGUGUUGUUGGAGAAAACCAAUAACCUGAGUGAGGAACGUAACUGUGGGAGCAAGGACGAGGCUGGGGGAGAGCAUGCCUUGGCUGGUUCUUUCUGGAAGCUCAGUUCAGGGAGGCCGUCGGGUCGGAAGGAGGCUUUGGAGCAGAAGCAGAGCGCUUUCACCGAGGUCAGGAGGAUGAAGGAGAAGCUGAGGAAUGAGAGAGCCAAGGAGCCGGAGCAGGAGGAUGGCAUGGCCCCCCUUGGUAAAGAGCAGGUAUCAAAGGAGGCUUUGCUGAACUCCUCUGGUAGCGCCUUCUCCUUUGUGUGGCCCACCAGGGCCCGGGGAGAGCAGAAGAGCGCUUUCAGCAAGCCCAGUAAGUGUCUAGCAGAAAGAGCUGCAAUAAAUUCUUCUCAUCCCAUGAGUGAGUCAGCAAAGAGCCUGGGGGAGCUGUCGGGCUUCAUCGCCACCACAGACAUCAUGUGCUGCAGCGCUCUCCUCAGCUCCAAGUUCUUUGUCAGUGAUUUGUGUAACGCCCAGAUGCUGCAGACGAGCAUCACUCGGAGCAACGUCUUCCCAUAUACCUCAGAAGCCUGGCCCAAACAGGCAGGGGGGCAGUUACAAAACACAACCACCACUUCUUCCUCCUCCUCCUCCUCUUCCUCCUCUUCCUCCUCUUCCUUGACUCUUCUUCCCCCCACCUUCACCUCCUUCGGAGUGGCUGCCCAGAACUGGUGUGCCAAGUGCAACCUGUCCUUCCGCAUGACGUCGGAUUUGGUCUUCCACAUGAGGUCACAUCACAAAAAGGAGUCCUCCUCGGCCGAGUCCCAGUGCAAGAGGAGGCGAGAGGAGAAGCUGACGUGUCCCAUCUGUCACGAGUACUUCCGAGAACGUCACCAUUUAUCCCGACACAUGACCUCUCACAACUAGAGCUGGGCAGGGAGACCUCACCAAGGGACUGGGCAGGUUGGGUAAAGGAGGGGAACACGGUUCCUUUGUCUCCAUUUCUCUUUGAGUUUACAUCAAUUUCUUACUGGAAAUCACUGUUUACAGUAAUUUAUAAUAGAUGCUUUGCAAAGCAAAAAAAAAAAAAGAAAAUAUAAAAUGUUUACAAGAGUCUGAGUGGGUUGUAAGUUUUGAAAACUCAACCUAGCCCUUGUCAAUCUAUUUUCGAGGAAAUAAAAUAGUGAAA